AUGAAUAGUACGCAAUGGAACAGUAAUGCUGAGAACACAGAGAUCUGUGUUCAGAAAGGGAAAGAGCGGCUACCAACGAGUCCAAAGCGACUCCAAUUCUCAGAAGCUGGGUCAUCAAAGCAAAUCUCAAAGCCAGAUCUGGAGUCAAAGGUCAAGGAAGCUGAUGCAGAAGUACAUGAAAAGGAGGCGAGGAAGCAGAACAGGUAUUCUCAAAUGGGGAUGCAGCUGGAAUAUGUACCACCUAGCCGCAGAGAAGGUAAGGUGAUUAUACAAAUAGAGGAAGAAGAUGUAAAUGAGCUUAAGGAAUAUUGGGAUAAUGCGUUAAUUGGAUAUGUUUUGGGGGAUACACCAUAUGAGAAAUCCAUGGUGAACUAUGUAGAAUCAGUGUGGGAUUUUGUAGAUAAACCCCAAAUUCUAUAUCAUCAUGAAGGAUACUAUGUGUUUCGAUUUUCAAAUGUAAAGGACAAAGAAGCAGUAAUCCUAUCAGUAGGAUAUUGGACAGCAGAUGCACUAAGCAAGGUAGCAAGUCGUGUAGGGAUUCCAAUGUACACUGAUAAAUACACUGCUGAGUUAGGGAAAAUCUCUUAUGCACGAGUUCUAGUGAAAGUCGAUAUAACAAAACCACUGGUGGAGAGUGUUGAAAUUAUAACUCCUACGAGUGUUAAACAGCAGGAAAUUGUGUAUGAAUGGAAACCUAGGUUAUGUACUGAAUGUUUACACUUUGGGCAUGAUGUCUUUGAAUGCUGGAAGUCAAACAAGCCUGAGGAAACUGAAGAAUUUCAAAUUCCUAAGAGAAGAAAUAAGGGCAGAAGAAGAAGAAUCAUCCAGGAAUGGAAACCUAAAGAACAACAAGAGAAGGAAGAGAAGCAGGAAGAAACAAAGGGAGUGUAG